CAGUCGACCCAGUGGCCUCCUGCUCGCGGCUCUCGCCUAUCCUUACCUACCCAACCAGAGCUGCAUCAUCCAUCCCCAUAGUCAACUACACAUUCCCCGCUUCCACCUUGGCACAGUAGAACCGAUUCGUCAAUCCGUCCAUCCACCGGCAGCACAGCUCCUCGCCCUCCUGCUCGCAUAUCCCCCCCAAAUCCUACUAGAUCCACAUAGCACAAGAGCUUGGAGAGAUCCCGAAUCCAAUCCCCAACGGUUCGAUGGCAAGCACCCCUGAGAUCUACUCCCUCCCUGAGAGUCAGACUCAAGAUCUUUCGAGAUGUACCGACCAGAUGUUGAUAUCCAUUCUCAGAGAGCAAGAUAUCAAUGCCUUGAGUGGUGAAGUCGACCAAAUGGACUCCUGGUGCCUCUUGCGCCAGAAUGUUUGCUCGCAGGUCGUGGAAGCCCUCAAGACAGUUCUCGGGACUUGGUUGCCGAAAAAGAUGGUCUCCAUCCGUAACACCUCCCAAGGUAAUUCCCCCAACUCCCCUAAAUUCGUUGGGACGAAGACGACGAUGGAGUUCAAACACACGGAUGGCAGCAAGGCGGUUGUUGGCAUGACACGGUACAACCUACUUACGACUAGGGAAGAUGGCGAUGGAUUGAAUCUGGAUGAGGAUCUGGCUUUAUGUCACGUCUUCCCGCUGGAAGGAAAAGCCAAGGGCACCCGGAACCGGAAUGGCAAAAGAUCACGAUCAGGGCAUGAAGUGGAUCCACACGAACCCAUUACCCAUGCCGGCGUGGAAGAAUUGGACCAAAUGAUGUCCGAUUCCAAAAAGUAUCCAGUUCUAGACGUGGGGAUGGAUGUUCAGGAUCUGCUCUUCGCUGAUCAACCGUCAAAACAUUGGCAAAGCUUCACCAAGAUACACACCAAAAAUCCCAAACUUAUGUACGCGGCGUGCAACCACUGCGACACGAUGUUGAAGUUAACAGGUGGUACCAAAUGUGGCACCGGCUCCCUCAAGCAUCAUAGUGACUCCUGCCGAUGCAAACCCAAGCAGGAGUCGCUGCCCGACAACUCUUCAUCGAUGCCUAUUCAGUCCAUUGCAUUGCAGGCCAUCACGGGAUAAUUAGAGCUAGUGUAGUUCAGAUCAGAGGUAGUUUAGCUGAGGUUAGAGGUAGUGUAGUUAAGACUGAGCUGCCUCAAAGAGGAUUGAUUGCUCGUCAGGUGGUGUAAAUCCUUGUAUUCUUUUGUGUUUCAAUGAGGACAGUGAAUACAAAAGCGGGGGUGUGGUUGUUUAGGA